CGAUAGCGGCGAGAGCAACGGAGCCCAUUCAUGAUCCAGCGAACGGGGCCGGUGGCGAGUAAAGCGGAACCGGUGCCCUGGAAAGCGGCGCCGGUACCGCCGUCAUGGAGACAUCGGGGCAUCUCCACGAUUCGGGCGUGGGGGACUUGGAGGAGGAUGGUCGGUGUCCCUGCCCGUUACCGGGGGAUGAACGGUCACCGCCGCCGCCCUCCGCGCUGCCGCCGCUCCAGCACAGCCUGUUGCACUCCUCGCCCGGGUCGUUACGGGCCCCUCCUCCUCCUCCCGCCGCCCCCGCCGCCCUCCACCCUUCCUCCCGCCACGGCAGCCAGCUCAACCUCGGCGACCACCCCGCGGGCUCUGGGGUGGCGAGCAGCAAGCACCGGCAGCCCAGCCCUCUGGUUCACCGGCGGGACAGCAACCCCUUCACCGAGAUUGCCAUGAGCUCCUGCAAGUACAGCGGCGGGGUGAUGAAGCCCCUCAGCCGACUCAGCGCAUCCCGACGGAACCUCAUCGAGGCCGAGCCGGAGGCGCAACCCCUGCAGCUCUUUGGUGCCGGCGAACCCCCCGAAAUUGUUGUCUCACGCGAGGACAACCAUGCGCCCACCGCCCACCGUCCCAGCCGCCAGCCCGCCCGGCCGGCCCCCACCACCUUUGCCAAGGGGCCCAAGCGCAAGGCACAGAACAUUGGAUACCGCCUCGGGCACCGCCGGGCACUGUUCGAGAAGAGGAAGCGCCUCAGUGACUACGCGCUCAUCUUCGGCAUGUUUGGCAUUGUCGUCAUGGUCAUUGAGACUGAGCUCUCCUGGGGGCUCUACUCCAAGGACUCCAUGUUCUCCCUGGCCCUGAAAUGCCUUAUAAGCCUCUCCACCGUCAUCCUGCUGGGCCUCAUCAUCGCCUACCACACCCGGGAGGUGCAGCUCUUUGUGAUCGACAAUGGAGCUGAUGACUGGCGGAUAGCGAUGACGUACGAGCGCAUCCUCUACAUCAGCCUGGAGAUGCUGGUCUGUGCCAUACACCCCAUCCCUGGCGAGUACAAAUUUUUCUGGACAGCUCGCCUGGCUUUCUCCUACACACCAUCUCGGGCAGAGGCCGAUGUGGACAUCAUCCUGUCUAUCCCCAUGUUCCUGCGCCUCUACCUGAUCGCUCGGGUGAUGCUGCUGCACAGCAAGCUCUUCACCGACGCCUCCUCGCGCAGCAUCGGGGCACUCAACAAGAUCAACUUCAACACCCGCUUUGUCAUGAAGACACUCAUGACCAUCUGCCCUGGGACAGUGCUGCUGGUCUUCAGCAUUUCCCUCUGGAUCAUCGCUGCAUGGACAGUCCGUGUGUGUGAGAGGUACCACGACCAGCAGGAUGUAACCAGCAACUUCCUGGGUGCCAUGUGGCUCAUCUCCAUCACCUUCCUCUCCAUUGGCUACGGGGACAUGGUCCCACACACCUACUGUGGCAAGGGCGUCUGCCUGCUCACUGGCAUCAUGGGUGCUGGAUGUACAGCACUGGUGGUGGCUGUGGUGGCCAGGAAGCUGGAGCUCACCAAAGCUGAGAAGCACGUCCACAACUUCAUGAUGGACACACAGCUGACCAAGCGGAUCAAGAACGCGGCAGCCAACGUCCUGAGGGAAACGUGGCUGAUCUACAAACACACCAAGCUGCUGAAGAAGAUCGACCACGCUAAAGUCAGAAAGCACCAGAGGAAGUUUCUACAAGCCAUCCACCAGUUACGGAGCGUGAAGAUGGAGCAGAGGAAGCUGAGUGACCAAGCCAACACCCUUGUCGACCUCUCAAAGAUGCAGAACGUGAUGUACGACCUCAUCACAGAGCUAAAUGACCGCAGUGAGGACCUGGAGAAGCAGAUCAGUGGCCUGGAAUCCAAGCUGGAGCAGCUCAGUGCCAGUUUCAACUCCCUGCCCCUGCUGAUGGCUGACAUGCUGCGGCAGCAGCAGCAGCGCCUGCUCAGCGCCGUCCUGGAGGCCAGAGGGGUUGGUGUGCCCGUGGGCACCCCCCAGACACCUCUGUCUGAGAGCCCCAUCGGGGUCAGCUCCACCUCCUUCCCCACCCCUUACACGAGCUCAAGCAGCUGCUAAAACACAGCCCCUGAGCCCCGCCGUGGACAGGGGAAGCAUUU